CAUAGCAACACCCUGACAACCAGAUAGUAACACACAGAAUGCAAACACCUGCAUAGCGUCACCCAGGCAACCGCAAAGUAAACACUUGAACCCAUAUGAGCCCCCUAGCAGCCACUAAGAAUGCCAACAACUGCAUAGCAACACCCUGACAACCAGAUAGUAACACACAGAAUGCAAACACCUGGAUAACAUCACCCAGGCAACCACAAAGUAAACACUUGAACCCAUAUGAGCCUCAUAGCAGCCACUAAGAAUGCCAACAACUGCAUAGCAACACCCUGGCAACCACAUAGUAACACACAGAAUGCAAACACCUGGAUAACAUCACCCAGGCAACCACAAAUAAAAACACUUGAACCCAUAUGAGCCUCAUAGCAGCCACUAAGAAUGCCAACAACUGCAUAGCAACACCCUGGCAACCACAUAGUAACACAUUUAAGACCAUAUGGAGUACACUAGUAACCACUCUGCAUAGCAACACCUUGGAAACCGGCCACAACAUCCAGCCUAGUAGCAUUUUAGUGAGGGAAAACACCACAGAAAUCCUGUUUGUUAUUGCUGAUGUUUUGAUUAGUGACGUUGAUUGUCUUCUGUGGUUUGUGUCUCGUGUUCCUCUGAGACUCUUCUAAGUCGGGCCUGUUGUCCUCUGUUUCUCUCUCCUGUCUGUCUCCUCUUUUCUCCAUCUCUCAGAGCAGAUACGGUGUAGGAGAUCGAGGUGUUAGGCUGUACGGCGCUUUUCCCGUGAGGCCCAACCCUGAGGAGAAAAGACUGCCCUCUUCAGGGUUUGAUGGUGACAACAUGUACAUGAGUGAGAACAACCAAGAGUUCCUCUCCCCGAGUCAGCAGAAUUACUCCGGACAGGGAGGGGGCAGUGGGAACGGCGGAGGAGGGGGAGACGAGGACUACGAGAUCCCUCCUAUAACCCCCCCGAAUCACCCCGAGCCGCCGCUGCUCACCCUGAUGGACCCCGAGUCCAGCUACCUGUGUCACUCCAUCCCUCACAACGGCCUGAUCAACCCGUACUCAUACCCCGAGCUGCCCGCCCUCAUGAUGUCCAACAUGCUCGCCCAGGACGGACACCUGCUGUCCAGCCAGAUGCCCUCGAUGCAGAUGUUUGCGGGGCAAGCGGGCAGUCAUUACCCCCGUGCCCACCACAGCCCCAUGCUAAACCCAUCUGCCCGGAUACUGCCCCACCCCAUGAGCGCCCUGUCCCAGCUCAGCUCUCAGAUUGGCCAUGGCUCCUUUACACACGGUUCCCCGUCAUCGUCAGGAAGUCAGUCAGCCACGCCCUCCCCCUCAAGCUCCGCCCAGGAAGAGGAAGCAAAGUACCACUCACAGAUCACAGGAGAGAAGCGACCCUCCUCUGACAUGAUGAAGUCCAAGCCCAAACCUCAGAAGAAGAAGAAGAAGAAGGACCCCAACGAGCCGCAGAAGCCCGUCUCAGCCUACGCACUCUUCUUCAGGGACACUCAAGCCGCCAUCAAGGGUCAGAACCCCAACGCCACCUUCGGAGACGUCUCCAAGAUCGUGGCCUCCAUGUGGGACAGUCUGGGAGAGGAACAGAAACAAGCAUACAAACGGAAAACAGAAGCAGCAAAGAAGGAGUACCUGAAGGCCCUGGCAGCGUACCGAGCCAGCCUGGUUUCCAAGACCUACAGUGACCCGGUGGAGAACAAAAGCGUCCAGUCUAGUCAGCCGUCGUCACACAUGAUGGGCCCCAACGCCCCGCUGUACAGCGUCCCGCCCCAGCCCUCCUCCCCGUACCUGGGCCCCAGCCCCUUCCCUCUCUCGGACCUCCAGAGCUAUGCCGCGGGGGCUCCCAGACACGGCCUGCCCCGUUCGGCCAUGCUGCCCUCGCUCAGUGCCUCCCCCCCAGCGUCCUUCCAGAUCAGCCCUCCCCUCCACCAGCAGCUCUCUCUGCACCAGGGCUCCCUCCUCAACCAGCCAAUCCGCAUGCAGCAGGUACAGUCGCAGCCAAUCAUCUCUCACCAGAUGGGCCUCCAGGCUCCGCUGCACUCCCCACCCCCAGGACAGCAGGGAUUCUCUCACUUACAGUCCGAGUAUCAGAAGAGCGUGGGGGGGUCUCAGUCUCCAGGGGCUCCGAACCCAGCGGGCCAGAACCCCGACUGGGACAGCGAGUACUGCAACCGGGAAUGCGGCGGAAACCACUGCAGUGGCAGUAUGAUAGGCAGGGAUAAGCCACUCUACCUCACUUGAAGCAAAACAAGGAGAACGGAAAGAGAAAAGAUGAAACAACACCAGGGAGUCCCCGGCACCCUCUCCACCCUUCCCAGACAUCAUCAGUUUUCCUCAGUGUCAUUUUUCAUUCGUUUUUAGAAGGAUGUGUGUGUGUACGCGUUCUGAAGACUACUAGUGAUCCUUUCAUUUUUGCCAAGCACUUAAAAAUGUACAGGCCUCUCCGUCAGAGACCUCAGAGAGCACUCAUCCCGUCUCUGAAUAAACUUAAAAGAAAACGACAAAAAAAGAUGUAUAUAACAAAAACGAAAAGGAAAAAAAAAUAAAUAAAUAAAGCAAACUACCAUUAAACAGGCCCUCAGGGCAAAUGAGCUUUAACUAAAACAGAGGAAACUCUCCUCGUAGUUUCUCAGUUACUUUCCCUCUGGUCUCAUUUUUAUUUUAUUUUAAUUUUUUUAUUUUUUUUGGUUUUGCUGUUGUACUUACUGUUGUAUUUAUUUCCUGCUUGCAACUUAGCGCUUCUUUUGGCCGAUAACAGGUCCUUUACUUUAGAGAAAAUACUCUUCUGAGGGCGAUACGUUGCUGUUCAACUAAUUCUCUGUGAAUUUUAGGCAAAAAAAAAAAAAAUAAAUAGACAAGAAAAAAUAAUACGCAAGUGGAAAAAAAUUGAUAAAUACAACUUCUUUUUGUAAUUUUAAAGACCCGUGUAGGUCUUUGUUGAUCUGUCACAGUGUGAUUGUAAAUAUCACUUUUUUUGGGGGUCAGAUUGGGAAGAUGAAGUCCAGAUAUUUUUUCUUCUUUAAUAUGACUUAUAAUUCAUUGAUUUGUAUUUUAAAUGGUAUUUUGUGAAUGCGUGCUGGUAUGAAUGAGCGUGUGUGAGUGUAUUUGUGCGUUGUGUAACUGAACAGCCUGUGCAGAUGAUAUCAGAAGAGUGUUUCCACACGUACACAAUCUUGCAUUAAAAUCUGUGCUCACUGGUGUGAUUUCCCAA